UUCCCUUUGGACAGCCGCUCCCCGCUCCACCACCGACUCACCGACCGCCGAGCCGAUUCCCGACUGCUGGGUGCGCUGACGCCUUGUUCUUUCCUCGCUGUACUUGUUCUGCUCGAAAGCGAGUGCCCAAUUAUUGAUCAUUUUGAUUUCGUUGUCACCCGGACAUCGUAGAUUUUGUUGGAUCCUAACAGCUGCAGUCUCUCCUGCUAAGCUAGGAUGGCUGACCUGUUUGUAGCCCUCCCUCCUGUCACUUCAUUUGGUGCUGUGCUGUUUGGCAAGAACUCCAACCGACCUGCCUCCGAGAUUCAGGAUGUGGUCAACUUCCCCGCCAAAGAUUAUGGUAGUGGAGAAAAAGUCAAGUGCACCUACAUCGAGGUGGAUCAAGUGGGCCACACCAACGCUGUGGUGGUGAGUAAACCAUCCUGGAUGUGGGGAGCUGAGAUGGGAGCCAACGACAAAGGAGUAGCUAUUGGUAAUGCCCCAGUGUGGACCAAGUUGAAUGGACCUCAGGAUCUAGAGAAGAAGUUGCUAGGAGCUGACAUUGUGAGGUUAAGUUUGGAGCGUUCAUCCAGCGCCCGUGAGGCUGUGGAUGUGAUAGCGGGUUUACUGUCUACAUACGGACAAGGAGGGCCAUGCACAGAUGAGCCUGGGGAGGACGGCUGGUCCUUUCACAACAGUUAUCUCCUGGCUGACAGUUCCGAGGCCUGGAUCAUGGAGACUGUGGGCAGCCUGUGGGCGGCUGAGAGGAUCACUGAUGGUGUGAGAAAUGUAUCAAAUGAGCUCAGCAUCACCACAAAAUUGGAUCUGUCCUCCCCUGGUUUAGUCGACGAGGCAGUCAAACUUGGCCUGUACUCACCAGACAAGGGACCAUUUGACUUCAAGGCUGCCUUUUGUGCCCAGCGUGUCUCUCAGACAGGCUCAGUGCACAGCACCAGUUUCCGCCUUCGUCACGGGAAAGAGUUGAUGGACAAAGUGGUCACCAAAGGCAAGUUUGGUUACCGGGACCUGUUAAGCAUUCUGCGUGACGAGGACGGAGGUAUCUGUAUGAUGGACGGGGGAUUCAUCACAGCUGGCAGUCAGGUGUCUGUGCUCCUACCUAACUCCUCACCCUCGCCAAAUGUUCACUGGUUCACUGGUACCCCAAACCCAGCCACCUCCAUCUACAAGCCUUUUUUCUUUGGCCCUGGAGCAGAAGUGGGCACAGUGACAGUGUCUCCCCCAGUUGAGGCGGGGGCGGACCAGAGCGAGACAGGUCACGCCCUCUACCGGGGCCACAAGCGUCUGUGUAUGUUGAUGGACAGCCAGGAAGAGAAAGGACACAGUGUGCUGAAACAGCUUAGAGAGCUGGAAAACAAAUGCUGUGAGGAUGUGGAUGAAAUUGUCGCCAGCUACAGUGAGGCAAGUUUCCCCAAACUGAAGCAGAUUUUCCAGCACAUGGCUAGUAUGGAGCUCAACUUUUACGUGUGAUCUGUCAUCAUCCAGUUCCAACCCUACCAAGUUAUCCAGCCUGCCAGAGCUAUGCUGCGCUUGUAUCAGGUGAUUUUAGGCCAGGACGACCAUCAUUCUGCAGAUUUCAUUUCGCUCUCACUAUGUCUUUAGAGAAGAAACUGUCAUAAGUGUUCUCUGUAUGGUGUUUAUGGCGGAAAAGACCAUGUUUCAAGGUGCUUUGCUUGACUGCAAACUUAUCUCUGAAACCCCAGGGGAUUACUUAUUUGAUGUUAUUCUAUCAGAACAAUAUAAUAUAACUUGUCACAGUAAAACAAUAUUUGAAUUUGGCUUUCGGAUUCUUCUCAGAAGCAUUCUUUUAUGUAAACACAAAAAAAAACCUGAAUGUUACAUACAUUAUUGUUCACCAAGAAUACCAGCAUUACAUACCGUUCUAUUAUAACAAAUGCUGGUGUAGGGCUUUCAGCUUGGAAAACCUUUCUAUGUAUAUGUCUCCACUGUAGGUCUUUUUUGCUGUUGCAUAGAUGAAGUUAUAUAUUUAGAAAUGACUUUGAAUUUGUAUGUGGAUCAUUUGAGAAAAUAUUUUGUUUAUAUUCUUACGUACUAAGCAUUCUGUAACUGAAACAUGGGUUUCGACUGCUUGGCAGAUGUGCUUCUAUUUAUGCUAUACCUGUUACAUAAGAACUCGAGCUGAUGAUCAUGAAUAACCUCAGACAUGUGAAGUAUUUUUAGUUGAGUUCAACGUAGAUUGCAACAUUUUUCCCUGUGAGAGGAUCAUCAGAACAUUAGAAAAUAUGCCAACAUGUUUUUGUUUCUUUUCAAAGGUGUAAGUUCAGGUUUCUUAUUUAAUUAGACUUCACAGUGCAUCAAUUAUUGAACAAAGUUAUGUUGAAAAUUCAAGAAUAAUGAAUAGUAGAGGAAGGAAGAGCAACAGUAUGUGUUUCUUCAUAAUUGACAUUUUGUUUUGUUGGGAGAUUGAUAUUUACAUUCACAAAACUUGUAAUGUGUUCAAACUUCCUGUGUCAGAUCAUGUAACCUAUGUUGCAUUCUUCUAACUUAAAAAAAAAA